AUGGCCAAACUGAUCGUGAUCAUUGGCGCGACUGGCGGUCAGGGCGGCUCAGUCCUCAAGUCACUGCUUGGAAAUCCUGAUUGGAGAAUUCGCGGGGUGACUCGUGAUCUCAGCGGCGCACGCGCCAAAGAGUUGAUCGAGAACGGAGUGGAAAUGGUGGCCGGCGAUUUGAACGACCUCCAGUCUGUCAAGGUCGCAUUUUCUGGAGCCAAAGCAAUCUACGCCGUAACAAACUUUCCUGGUCUCUUAGCCACAAUGGGGAUCGAAGAAGCCUUUCAGACCGAACACGCACAAGGGCUGAACAUGGCACUUGCUGCUAGCGAACUCCCAGACCUAGAGCACUACAUCUGGAGCACUCUCCCCGACUCCGAAGCCAUAUCUGGAAAAGAGUACUACAUUCCCCAUUUCUGUGGGAAAGGAAGGGUUGAUACUUAUAUCAAAAAUAAACUGCCCACUUUAUUAAAGAAGACAACCUUCCUAACACUGCCGCUCUAUGGCGAUAAUUUCCAAUACCCUGUGGUAACACCGCGACCAAUUAAAUCUACGGGCAAGUACGUGCAUCUCGUUCCUUGGUCGGCAGCAACGCCCAUUACUCUCGUUGGUUCACAUAAAGACAACGUUGGACCAGUUGCACAGGCAAUUCUAAACAUGGGUUCAGCAAAAUUGGGUGCGAAGCACGUUGUGGCUGCUUUGGAAGAAACAACGGCAGAGGGUAUGUUGAAGAUGUGGAGUGAAGCAACCGGGAGAGAGGCUAUUCAUGUUCAGAUAUCCAUGGAAGACUAUGAAAAGUUGUGGCCUAUGUGGGCGACUGAGAUGGCUGCAAUGUAUCUAUGGUGGCAGCAUGAAGGAGAAGCUCUGUGGGCUGCGCGCGACGAAGAGAUCAUAGGUCUCGAGGACCUCGGUCUAAAGAAGGAAGAUCUCGUUUCCACAAAGCAGGCCAUGCUUACUCAGGAUUGGGACACUCUUUGCUAG